AUGUGCCGCGCAUAUCGCACGGUAUCCCUGAACUCGGCACUGGUGCUGGCUGGGAUACUCCCCUUGGACUUGCGUAUACAGGAGGCUGCCUCGCUCUAUGAGGCCCGGAGGGGAGUAUGCCAUCCAGCGCUGGCGGGUGGGGAGAUCGAGCGUGUUGCAUCGGCACUCCAGAUGCCGCACCCAGCAGAACGGAGAGCGAUAGAGCUUCGUCACCUGGUAGACGAGGAACAAUACCGGGCCAACUGCGACUUUGAUGUCCGCAUUUUCACGGAUGGCAGCAAGAUAGAGGGAAAGGUCGGAGCCGCACUAUCCAUCUGGACUGGUGCGACGGAGACGAAAACCCGAAAGCUUGCUUUGCCAUCCUAUUGCACCGUCUACCAGGCCGAGCUUCUCGCUCUCUGCGAAGCCACUCGGGAGGCCCUGAAACGUAGAGAGACCAGCUGUGCCAUAUACAGCGACUCUAUGGCAGCCCUCCUCACAGUCGUGAACCCCGAAGCCCUCCAUCCUCUUGCCGUGGAAUCUAGAGACGCCAUUUACCGCAGUAGCAUCCAGAACAAGAGCGUCUCCUUGUUCUGGAUUAAAGCUCACGCGGGGUUGGAGGGUAACGAGAGAGCCGACUCGCUCGCAAAGGAGGCUGCCCUAAAGUCGAAACGCAAGCCGGACUACGAUAUGUACCCGGUAUCAUUCGUCAAACGCUUUAUCCGCAUGGAUACGCUUGACGAAUGGAACCGGAGAUACAGCACGGGGCACACAGCGUCCACCACCAAGCUGUUUUUCCCGAGUGCGGUUGAGGCGUACAAGACGGUACGCAAGCUGAGUAUCACCAAGGAGUUGACCCAGGCUCUAACGGGGCACGGUGGGUUCUCCGAGUAUUUGACUCGCUUCAAAUGCAAGGACAACCCAGCGUGCGCCUGCGACCCUAGCGUAGCUGAAAAUGUUUCCCACCUACUGCUGAACUGUCCUAUUCACGGCCAAGACCGUUUUAAUGUGGAACAGCGUACCGGUCUAAAAAUGGAAGCCGGAAAUCUGGAAAUUUUGUUAAGUAGCAAGAAAUACCGGGACAUAUUUGUAAACUAUGUUAUCAAAAUUGUAAGACAUGCUAAUAAUAGGAAUAGCUAA